CUUUUUUUUACUAUUAUGCAAUAUAUAUAUAUUUCUUUCUUUCUUUUGCAGUGCAAGCAGGGGGGGUUGAAUCAGAAGCUAGCAGAAACAGGCAGCAGGUAUUUUCAGAAUCCCUUUUAAGGAAUUUACAGACUCUCUCUCAGCCUCACCCUUCGUCUUUUCCUUUUCACUUCUAAUCUCUCUCUGUCUGUCUUUAUUUUUUCCUUCUUGCUUUUGAAGGUCUGUGUGCGUGUGCGUAUAUAUUUGAACCCAGACAGUCCCAACGGGUUUCAAAGAAUAUUGUAGCACUGUACUGUUUUUAGGAGCCAAACCAAACCAAACCAAACCAAACUCAGAAGCCCUUUUUUUUUUUAAUAAAUUUUUUUGGAGAGUCUGAGAGGAAAAGGGUGUAAAGUUGAGCAUUUUGAGGGGAUCUGAGAGGAACCCAGGUGGUGAAAUCUUGUUUAGAAGUGUAAAGAUAGAGACUUUGUUGGAUAUUCAAGAGUGUUUGAGGAGAAGGAGCAAAAGUGUGUAGAUCAAGAGGACAAAAGAUGAGUAGUAGUUGUGGGAGAAAUGGGGCUGUGAGGCAGUAUAUAAGAUCAAAGGUGCCUCGCUUGAGAUGGACUCCUGAGCUCCAUCACUGUUUUGUUCAUGCCAUUGAGAGGCUUGGUGGCCAUCACAAGGCUACACCUAAGCUUGUUCUUCAAUUGAUGGAUGUCAAAGGACUAACUAUCUCACAUGUCAAGAGCCAUCUCCAGAUGUAUAGAAGCAUGAGGGGUGACUUGGGCAGACAAGAUAGAGGUUCUACUCAUCAGCAAAGAAAACAAUCUUUUGAGGAGCAUGAUGAUGAUGAUGAGUGUGUUGAUGAAGUGAAUGAUGUGGGUUUUUAUCCUUUGUCAAAACCCCCCAUUGGAAAAGAAUCAGAUUCUCCCUUCACCUACUGUACCCCUCCCCCUCGAAAAAGAGCUAGAAUUGAAACGAUGAGUUCAAUCUCUGAGAGCCUGCAAUGCAGCCAAAGAAUAAAUGAGACAGUCUCAAAUCCGUACUCUUUUGAUGAUUACAUGCGGGCCAUGGCUGAGCAUAAGGGAAUAAAAGAGGGUUGUGGUUCAAGAUGGCAGACACAGCCUCAAUCCCCAGCCUUCUUUCUGCCACGAGAUCUUUACAACCUCAACUCUUUCAAAUAUGCGGUGCAAGAAUCUCAUUUCCUUAAGGUAUCCAGUCUAGAGGAUCAAAAGCACACCCCAGAAAGAAGGCCUAAACAUGAGAACAAUGGAAGGGGAAGUGCCCAACAACAAGAAGUUGGUGGUUGCGAGUUGUCAUUAUCGCUCUCAUUGCCUCAUCCGUCCUCCCAGAAAAGCAAUGCUUCUUCCGUGAGCGAGAUCAGUGAGACAAUCUCAUCCUAUUCUAGAUCUUAUUAUAAAGAUUGCUCCAGCUCAUCUUCCGGAAAACAUAGUAUUAACCUAGACCUAUCUAUAGCUCUAUGUUAAUGUAGAAUUCAUCUUUUACCAUGUUCCCAUAAUACUCUUUCAAAAUUUCUUCGUUCUUUGUAAUUUAUCAGCAAUUUAUCAGCUUUAACUCACCGACUUUCAUGGACAUGAUCUAUAUUUAUAUUUGGAGACUUAGGUAAGAGCUUAACUUCAA